AUGUCACAAGAGGCUCUUCUGGCAGCCAUAAGUGAGAAGGAUGCUAACAUCGCCUUGUUGGAGCUCUCUUCAUCUAAAAAGAAGAAAACACAGGAGGAAGUGGCUCAGCUGCGGAGAGAGAAGGACCGUUUGGUGCAGCAGCUCAAACAGCAGACACAGAACCGCAUGAAGCUCAUGGCGGAUAAUUAUGAUGAUGGAUACUUGAAAACACCACCUGACCAGACCAAUCACAAACCUCCGAAAUCACCUGAUCAGGAUGAUGAGGAGGGCAUUUGGGCAUAGCCUCACUG